AUGAGUACACUCAGAAUUCAUGAAUCAGAUGAGAACUCUAUGACUAUUUUUGCUACCAAACAACUCAUUGAAGAAGUACAAGAAAAUUGUACCAUUUAUGUUGACGCUACAUUCAAAAUCUUGCGUUUCAAGUACACACAAUUAUUAGCUGUUCUUGCAUCGAUCAACCAAAGGUGUGAAGUCGUCAGAUUGGAUCAUCAGAAACCAAACCAACAAAAAGAAUUGUUCAUCAUAAGUGGGCAUUGUUAUGAGACUUGA